AUGUUUGUUCAUCAUCAAUCCACGAUGGAAGCUCCAGAUCGAGAUUGGUCCGAGCUACCAAUCGACAUAUUGUGCGACGUGCUCAAAUUGCUCGAGUGCCCGGACCUCCUCCGAUCCGCCGCCGUUUGCUCAAUCUGGUACAAGGCGUACUCCACGCAACGCUGCAUCAGUGCUUGUCCUGGACACCAAACACCAUGUCUGCUCUAUUGCACCGAGGCCGCCGGCGGGCUAAAAGCUCUUGGCAUGUACAGCCUCUCCGAGCAAAAGGCCUAUACCAUGCCGUUCCCUGAACAUCCCAUCAAGAACUGGUUCGGCUCAUCCCACGGAUGGCUAGUCACUAUGGAUGACAAGUCUGACCUGAUGCUGCUCAACCCGAUUACCGGCAACACUAAUGUACUCCCUCCAGUGACAACCAUGGAGCAUGUUAAACCUAUCCUAAACGGGGACGAGGUUCUUGAAAAGUAUGAGGUGUUUUACUAUGAUGGAGAGCUUCCGAGGGUCGUGGACGAGGACACCGCCAUAUUUUCCUUGGAGGAGUAUGGUCACAUGGUCUAUCUAAAGGCGGCCUUAUCGUGUGAUCCAUCGGUAGGUGGAUGCAUCGUCAUGCUCAUCCACCAGCCGUACGGGCAGCUCUCGUUUGUCAAGGUAGGAGACAGUCGCUGGAAUUGGCUCAGCAUGGGUAUUAACUAUACAGAUUGUAUAUACCACGACGGAUGGUUCUAUGCAGUUACUCAUGGAGGCGCAAUCGAUGCAUACAAUUUAAAUGGACCAUCUGUCAUCCAAAAAAGAUUAUUACGCAGAAUAAUUCGGACGGUUUCAAAAUGUCACAUUGUUCAGUCAGAAUGGGGAGAUGUCCUCCAAAUCAUUAGGAAGGAGAUUCUCGAUCCUGAACGACCGGACAGUCAUACGUGGAUCCCUGAAAUCAAAGUGUACAGGGUUGAUUUUGAUAAGGAGAAGUGUGUCAGCAUAACAGAUAUAGGGGACUAUGCGUUGUUCAUUGGGAACAGCACAACGUCUUGUUUAAGCGUGAAGGACUAUCCAGACUUGAUGCCAAACCAUGUCUAUUUCACUGAUGAUGACGACGGAGCACACAUACUCGAGAAAGACUACCCUCCCAAAGUUGGGAUUUACAACAUUAAAAAUAAUACCACGGUGAAUGUGGUUCAUCCUGAACUUUGGAUGAAUUGGUUGCCCCCCAUAUGGUUGACGCCGAGUCUUGAGAAAACGGGAUCUCAAGAUAAUAACGGCGGGGGGCGGUAA